AUGGGAUUUCAAGUCGGAGGGAAUUUAGGGUCGGAUGCCUUGAAGAAGAAGUUACCUAUCAGGGUUAUAGAUAGCAAUCUGAAUGGUUUAAGGGAAAUAGUGCAACAAAUGAAGACUAUACAGAAGAAUGCUUUCAAGAAGCGGUAUGGGAACUUAUUGAGGUUAUUGAAUGUGGAAGUCCAAGCGUCGGCAGUCACCGCUUUGGCCCAAUAUUAUGAUCCGCCGCUCAGAUGUUUCACCUUCCAGGAUUUUCAGUUGGCACCCGUAGUAGAAGAGUUCGAGCAAAUUUUGGGUUUGUCGGUGGAAGAUAAAGUCCCUUACAGAUAUUCCGAGCAACGAGCAUCUAUCUCUACGUUGGCAGGAAUCUUGAAGGUACACCCUGCUGAGCUAGAGAGUAAAAUGGCCUUCAAGGGCAACUCGAAGGGGAUCUCCCAAGGGUAUUUAGAAGGGCACUUGCGUCGUUUGGCUGAGAAAGAGAUAGGGGAGAUGUUCAUGGAUGUGUUGGCUCUCACACUAUAUGGAGUCGUGCUCUUCCCUAACAUGGAGAAUUUUGUUGAUCAAGCGACCAUCGAUGUGUUUGUCGCUUACAAGAUUCAUUCAGAAAGCCCGGUCACUGCGGUUCUAGCUGAUGUGUACGGGGGUUUGGAUUUGUGCUACGCACUCAAGAGGAAGAAGAUGUUAUGUUGUGUACCUAUAUUAUAUGUAUGGUUUAUAUCUCGAGUCCGGUUAGGUAUAGUAAAUGCUGAAUGUUAG